AUGCGCGGGGGCAUUCUGAAGGUCCGGGCCAAAGAGUCUCCGCUGCUGGCAGAAGGCGUCCCGAUCGCGGCCCGCGGUUCCGAGUCCAGCUCCGGCCGCUUCGACUUGGAGCAGCUCCAGGAGAUACCUGCAGAGGCCCGGCGGGAUGUGCGGGUCCUCGCCAGUGACGUGGCUCGCGCCGAGGGGGUGGUCAUCGGCCACGGAAACAUGAUCCGGUACCUGGUGUGUGGGGGGGGAAAAGUCCUCUUGCAUGCCUGUUCCCUCCCCUGGAUUCAAGAGGUGUUGCUGCGUGAGUUCGGCGGCGCGGGCCAUCUCUCGCAGGACUUGCAAUCCUACAGGCCCGCCCGGGUGGUUGCCAGCCAGGUGACAAUGCCCUGGAAGUCCGCUCCAGAACUGGAGCCGCUCCUUCGGGGACAAAAGCCAAGUGGCGAGCGGCCCACAAUGCCCCCAAGCUUGUCAUGGUUUCUGGUCCUGCCCGCGUUCCUGCAGGCGGCUAAGAUCUACAAGUGCAAGUGGCCACGAUCGGUUUUAAGAAGUGGAGAUCCCAAUCUCACUGUGACAUUGGAUGAUGGUACAAGCGUCGCAUGUGACAGGACGGGGGAUGCGCACACCCUGUGUCCUGCCGCCUGUGACUAUAUCCAGAGCGAACCUUGGCAAUGUGUAGGGCCCAUUGAAGACGGGGACGUGUGCAACACGGUCUGGGGGAGCGCCAGCUUGAGCUACUACAAGAUGACAAGCUACAAUGACACGCAUGUCUGCACGCAGCGCUUCAACAGCGACUGCUCAGAGGACAUGGGCGGGGUGUUCUGUCAGAGGUUGCGGGAAUGCUACGGCUCGUACCAGGAGGUCAUCUUCGACCAGCCGACCUUCCUGGCAAAGUACGGCUACGAGCCGAGCUUUCUCCAACAGCCUUGGGAAAUCUUGGAGCCUCCCUCUUGCUGGGGAAUGAGCGGCCAGGAGUGCUGCAUGGCCAACAUCAACUUCUUUCGGUGCCUACACGACGCGCCGCCCGUGAUCUACCACGAAGGAAUCGCCUCGAGCGCCCAGGCCUGGGCGCAGAAACCGGACAAGCCUUCGAUCCACUCGGGUUGGGGAGGCAGCUUCUACCCCGAGUAUACGGAGGUGCUGACCUGGGGGACAUCCAGCUGCACACGCGGCGUGAAUGCCUGGUACCAAGAGAUCGGGGUGCACAACUUCAGCAUUCCAGCUGUUCAGAAUAGCGGUGGCUCCUACAACAGUGGCCACAUGGUGAUCCUGCUUUGGCACAACCACUCCAUGGUGGGCUGUGGCUUCGACGACACGCUCUCCGCUCCCAUCACCGUGUGCGACUUCUCUUGGCCUCACCAGGGACACAAGGGCCCAGAGGCUUGGGAGGCCAAUUUGAAACCACGGAGUGAGACGGCGACGCAGCAGAUGUGCCGGGACUUGUCCAUCCUCUCCACGCGAUUUCCUGCCUUGAAAGCGGGGCAAGACCUCACGGCAGAGCAGGUGGCUCUAUUGAGGUCCCGGAACGCAAGUGAAAUACUCGCGAACCUUUCCAUCUCCAAUGACACCGAAAUACUGGCAGGCCUGACGAGCACUACGAGUACAACUCCCCUCCAGGACGCCGCCAACAACUCGGAAGUCGAGGGCAGCACAAGCAGCACAAGCAGCUCAACGGCGACUCCGCCCUUGAACGAGAGCCAGACAGACGGAUCAGAGACAUCCUCGACGUCGACCUCCACCGCGGCACAACUGCCAUCAAGCGUCGGUGAGGCUUUGAAAGCCCAGAUUCCAGCCUUGAUACUGAGCAUGCUUUUCUCACAGGCCUUUUGA